CAGAGCCGCUCACACAGCUAGAAGACGAGCACCAUGAAGGUGGAGCUGCUGCCAAUGGAGGUGCUGCUGAUCCUCCUCGCACUCGCAGGAAUCAACGCACAGAUCGAUGAGUGUGGCCUGGCGCCGCUGAACUCCAGAAUCGUGGGGGGCGUGGACGCUGACCCAGGGACGUGGCCGUGGCAGGCCAGUCUGCACUUCAGGGGCAGCCACUUCUGUGGAGGCUCCCUGAUCAACGACCUGUGGGUGUUGUGCGCCGCCCACUGCUUCCCCAACAACAUCGCCAACAACCAGGCUGAGUUGACCAUUUAUCUCGGCCGCGAGACGCAACAACUCUCCAACGCCAACGAGGUGUCCCGCUCCGUGUCGCGGAUCGUCAACCAUCCCAGCUACAACGAAGAUACAAGCGACAACGACAUCGCGCUGGUGCAGCUCUCCCGCGCCGUCACCUUCACCAACUACAUCAGGCCCGUGUGCCUGGCGGGCAGCGGCAGCGAGUUCGAGGCCGGGGUCAUCGCCUGGGUCACCGGCUGGGGGACCAUGGAUGUGGAAACGCCUCUGGAGUUUCCUCAGACGCUGCAGGAGGUCGACGUUCCCAUCGUGUCCAACGCAGACUGUAACGACGCCUACGGCCUCAUCACAAGCAACAUGAUCUGUGCAGGACUGUCCGAGGGAGGAAAAGAUUCCUGUCAGGGUGACUCGGGCGGCCCGCUGGUGGUCAAAAACGAGUCUCGGUGGAUCGAGUGUGGCGUUGUGAGCUUCGGAAGAGGCUGCGCUCUGGCCAACUUCCCCGGAGUCUACGCCCGAGUGUCGGAGUACGAGUCCUGGAUCAAGAGCGUCAUCCUCACCAACCAGCCGGGCUUCAUCACCGUCAGAAUGGAGGCCACCAACUCCUCUUCCUCCAUCACUAGAGCUCCUGGCUUCCUCGCCCUGACUCUUCCAAUGCUCCUCUUCCUCCAGUAGAAAGCCUAAUGAAGCCAAAGGUCGUCAGGCUUCAUGCUGGGAGUCAAUUUAAAAGUCAAAUCUACAAUUAACUCUGUAAUUAUGUAUAGAUUCCCUUAUGGCCCAAUACUGACAAAUAAUUUCUGCUUCUUUAAUGAAAUCUUAUAAGUAUUUUCUACUUCUUUUCCUCUAAUUUUAUUGAUUGCACACAAGAGAAUUCUCUCACAAUGAACUACAAUGAAGUGAUGAAGUUCAGUGGGGUUCAGUUAAAGUCCCUUUGGACUGAGAAACUGAUUUUAUAUAUAUUCAUUCUACUGGGUUUCAGACUCUACCAAGUUUCAAAUCAAACCAACAAUUGUAAAAACAAUUCCUUCAUCACAUGUUGAUGGAUGCUGAAAUGUGUCGGCAAACAUGUUUGUAGUUUGACGCUCUAUGCUCUAUGCUUUGCAUUUUUUUAAAAAGUCUUAAUUGUUGACACUCCAGCCUCCAUACUACAAAAUGUAAUGCUAAAGUUAACCAAGUAUCAACACUCUUGUACAAAUAUUGAUUUGUGGCCAUCGAUAAUAAAAAAUGUAUUUAUUAUUAAGGUUUCUGGAUAUAUUAAGAAUAUUAUUGUAAGGAUAUAUUAUCGAUAAUCACUUUUAAUAAUUUGCACUGAGGAUGAAUUUAUGAAGGGAUGAACUUGAUCUUGUGAUACAGACUCGGCUGAAAUGCUUUUAUGCAAAUACAAGGAACAUUUUUAGGUAAGCUGAGCUUACCUUGGAAAUGUUGCCUGUCACUUUUUAUUUAUUUCCAUUAGAAGUGGUGAAAAUAUCAAGAGGCUAAAGUUACACUGAGCUCUGUGAAGUGUAUUUCAUGUGUUGGUAACUAAGUAUUUCUGUGUGAGAGGACAGCAGAUUAAAGCUGACAGGUCUGAGUAACCCGAGUGGAAUAUUUUCCACUGUAAGGACUGUGAUCGACCGUUAGAUGAAGAAUUCAAAUCCUAUUCAUGUGCACUUUACUGACAGGGUCAGGUGGUCGGACGCUCGCGGCCUGGACUGCAUGUGGACUGUUUGGUGUUCAAUAAAUUCUGUGUUCACAGCA